AUGAGUGGAGAUGAAGAAGUCAGAGUGCCCUCAGCUCAGGAAUGCCAGGAAUCCCCGGAGGAAUGCGUACGGGCUGGCGGCAGCGGCACCCCCGACACACCUCGGUCUCGGCGGCCCGCGGGGGGCUCCUCGCCGACCGAGCAGCCCUUGGCUUCUGACCUCAGCGCCCCCCAGCCCGGCCAGUGCGCGGCUGGUACACGCACUUGGCGGAAAGAACCCCCGCUCUUCACAGCCGGGACGGAAAACUCGGAAACAGUCAGGUCUCAUCGGAGUGUUUUCCCGGAACUCCCUCGCCCCUCCGCGGCCCAUUCCGCACGCUCGCCCCAGGGGCGGCAUAGCCGCCGCUCGCCAGCUCAGCUCCGAGGAACGCUCGGGGGGAAGGCCUGCCCCGACCCGGUGCUCCACCGGCCUCCCCGCGCGUUACCGGCGGUCGUAGAGGGAGAGCCGUGUUGCUCUCCCCUCCCACCAGAGAGAAAGCGGCACCCCCCUGGCCUUUGGGAAAGAGCGUGUUUAACGGAGCGAGGUGGAGAAGGGAAGCCACCCCUUCAGCUCGGGGAGCCACCUCCACAGCCGCAGGCGGCAACCCAACACGGCGACGUCCCCUGUGCCUGCCGCGCUCCGCUCAGGUCGCGCCACAGCCCAGUGCCGCCCGGCCCCGGCCAUCUCUGCAGAGAGAAGACUGCGACGCGGUGCACCCCCACUCGGCGCCCAGAGCUUCCGUCGCAACCAGCCACCGCUCUCCCCACCCGUCCCGAGCCGCCUCACCCUGUGAGGGGGUUUCCAGUCAACUUCGUGCCCCUCUUGCCGUCGCCCCGCCAGGCGCGCUCGCCGCUGGAGCUUGAGAACGGACUGCCCGCCCCUUCCAGCGGGGGAGGGGGGUGCCGGAGCCGCGCCCGGGCCGGGCCGGGCCGGGGAGGAGCUAGGCGGGGGGCGCUCCCUCAGAACUGACCUACAUGACAACUUUAUGCAGCCACACUACUGUGUUCUGCAGAAUAAGAGAGAAUACUGUGAAUUGGAAAAGAUGUUGAGACAAAAUCUCCUUUGACCUCUGGCAUGCAGAGGAAAUAGACCAGAGAUGUGUUUGGUGUUCCUAAUCAUGAGUGAUGUGCUAUGUAGAGAUCCACUUCUGGAUCUACAUGGACUUCUGUGCCCAGUGAAAUACAGGCAGAGAAAAAACAAAUUUCUUCAAUUCCUUGUUAAAAAAGCCGAACAUUCGUGAAAGCAGCUGGUCCCAGAGGUGGAACAUUCCAAAACCCUGUUUGGAGCCAAGUGAAUACGUUAUGGAGUCAGUUGUGACACCACUUUAUAGAGAACAGACAAUGAGUUUUGGAUCUCGUAAGUACCUUUUAUCCCUGCAAAUAAGUUCCCUUCCCCCAUUCUUUUGGAAACAUCUCAGUCUGUAUUGGAAACAGAGGAUGUAAUUUAUUUUUAUCGCCUUCCCUGUCAAACUGGCCAACUGCCACAGGGUUCUGCUUUCAGAUGUAGCAAGAGGCAGGAGAAUCACAGUGACAAACCAUUCAUUUCAGUGGCUCCUCCUGUUUCCUUAUCUUAUUUAGAGGCUACCUACUGUGCUCCCUUAUCACUCUUUCUAAUCCUGCAAAACUUCUCUGCAACUUCACCCCUCCACAGAAAAAGCUGACCUGUUUAGACCUCUCUGCUUCUCUACUCCUGUUCCCUUCCUCAGAGAGCAAGUUGCUUCUUCCUUUGUUACUUUAGAACUCCUUUUUCAAUUCCUAUCUUAGUCACUCUCUCCUUUUCCUAGUUCAUUAUAUUGCAUUCAAUUUCCUAGCUGAAUGCACAUACAGCUGUGUGGCUUCCUUUGGGUAUGCUUAAUUUCUCACUGUCCAGCCUGCCCUUUGAUGUCUGCUAAAGAAGGAUACAUCUUCUUUUCCAUCUUUUCACAUGUGCCUAUUAAUUACUCUCUUCAGAGAGACUGUUUACUGACUAUCUCUCUGUUUACAGUUGAAUACAGCUAAACAUUUGGUCUUCACAGUUCUCCUUCUUAUACACCACCCACCCAGUUUCUUCCCAAUUGUUGCAGAAUAGAUGUCUCCAAAUCACUUUAUAAAGUCACAGAUGCAUUGUACUUGCAUUCCCACACCCAGCCUCCUGCUCUCAAACACUGUUUUUGCUUCAGUUACAGAGAUGUAAAGAAAGAUUUUGUAUUGGUAAAUUUGUCUCUAGUUCUCUAAUUAAAAAGAAGCAGUGAGGCUUAACAUUUUGACCUUUCUGUUGCACGUAUUCCUACCUUGGGCACUGUAGAGAACCCUGAAAGCUCUGUAAGCAUCAGACUUCUGACCUGUGAAGAAAUAAUACGAACUCAGUAUCAAGUACAGAAGAAUGCCCACUGAAGUUAGGAGGGUUAUCCUAUGCAUAAAUUGUGCAUAUGUCUUUGUGCGACCAGGAACCUUGGGUAGGGGGAAUUUUAAUAUGCUGGGGAAGGAUAAAAAUUAUUCUAGCAAAUGUGCAGAAGAGAAGAAUUAUAUGGUUAUAAUACAGCAAUUGAGAUCUAAGAUGAAAAUUCCUUCAGAUGUCCUCAUUCCAUACGGAGCUUAAAAUAUUACAAAAUAAUAUGAAAUAAAUGUAAAACAAA